CAUGGUCUAGCGAUGAUCUUUAUGUUCUUAAUGCCGGCUUUGUACGGAGGAUAUGGUAACUUCUUUGUACCCAUAUAUAUUGGGGGUUCGGAAGUUGUAUUCCCAAGAACUAACGCAAUCUCCUAUUUCCUAGUACCAUUAGGUUCAGUGUUAGUUAUUCAAAGCAUUUGUUCCGAAUUUGGUAGUGGUAUUGGAUGGACUAUGUAUCCACCUUUAAGUACUAGUUUAAUGGCUUUAAAUCCAGAGGCAACUGAUUGGUUAAUAGGAGGUCUUGCUGUUCUAGGUAUAAGCAGUCUACUUAGUUCUAUUAAUUUCCUUGGUACAUGUGUAUUUAUGGGAUCUAGUGCUGGCGGUAGAAAUUAUAUCUUAUAUAUUUGGGCUAUCAUAUUUACUGCUAUCAUGCUAAUAUUUACUUUACCUAUCUUAACAGGUGGAUUACUUAUGAUCUUAUUAGAUUUACAUAUCAAUACUGAAUUCUAUGAUUCUAUGUACUCUGGAGAUAGUGUAUUAUAUCAACAUCUGUUCUGGUUUUUUGGACACCCAGAAGUAUAUAUUCUAAUUUUACCUGGAUUUGGUGUUGUAUCUCAAACACUGUCUAUGUAUGCUUGCCGAUCUGUGUUCGGUGGACAAUCUAUGAUCCUAGCUAUGGGUUGUAUUUCUAUCCUAGGAUCUUUAGUUUGGGCCCAUCAUAUGAUGACAGUUGGUCUAGAAGUAGAUACACGUGCAUACUUCUCAGCUAUGACAAUUAUGAUUGCCAUUCCUACCGGUACUAAAAUAUUCAAUUGGUUAGGUACUUAUAUGGCCAGUCAUAUAUCUACCCGAGCAGUAGACUUAUGGUCUGCACUUAGUUUCAUUCUUCUGUUUACCUUAGGUGGUACUACGGGGGUAGUAAUGGGUAAUUCAGGAAUGGAUAUCGCGUUACAUGACACUUAUUAUAUUGUAGCACAUUUCCAUUUCGUAUUAUCUCUCGGAGCUGUCUUAGCCACUAUAUGUGGCUUUAUUUUUUAUAGCAGAGAUAUGUUUGGCGAUACUACUAAUUUAUUCCAUGUACAGACAGGAUCCUCUCCUUAUUUAAGUAUUUGGUUUAUAGUAUUCUUAGCUAGUAUUUUAUUAAUAUUCUUACCUAUGCAUAUCUUAGGAUUUAACGUUAUGCCAAGAAGGAUACCAGAU